AUGAACUCAUUAUACUUAUCAACCUAAAUAAGUCAUUCAAAAUCAACUUAACAAACAUCUAAUAUUUUAUUCCAAUACUUUGAUAAAUCUAAUUUGAUCAUUUAAUCACUUUCAUAAUCUAACUACAACCAAUUCUAUAUUAAUAUUAGUGUCUCAAUACUUAUACUCUAAUACAUAUAAUCCUUAUUCUAAUAUUAAUAGUUCUUAUCUUAUAUUUUAACAAAUACUAAAAUAUUUAUAUAAUAAUACCUUCAAAUUAUUCUAUAUCAAAAAUAAAUUAAUUUAGCAUCAUCUACUUUUGAUUAUCAAUUCUAAUUUAUUAUAAAAAUCCUCAUUAAAUCUAUUAAUAAGUUUUCUAUUAAACUUAUUCUUUUUUUUAAUUUAGUUAUCAUAUCUAUAUCAUUAAUAAUAUACUCUAUAAUUCGUUAUUUCAUUUAUUCAUAGAUGAUUUGA